AUGGCACUGACUCACCCACUUCACGGACAUUACAUUCACGGAAGAUCCCCACAUGGACGUGCUGACACCGGAAUGGCAGAGAUGAACGAAUUUCUGCAGAAGGAGCGAGAUGAUCUUUGUGGUUUUCGUGGUCUGGAGCCCACCUCGCAUCUUCAAACGUUCAUCGUAAGCCUCCCGGUGACACUACGAAGUCGUUACGACGAAAUCAUGACCUCAAUGAGGAACAGUUCAGCGCAAAUUCGACUGAGCGGUCUUGACCAGACAACUGCAAAGAUGGCAGGUACAGUUCAAGCACACGAGCAGAUGAACACACUUCUCCGUGAGUUCAUCGACCACUCUACGACCGAUAUGGAGUACACAAUCAGGUUCAAUUUUCGGGUCAUUUCGAAUGCUUUCAGGGACCCAUCAGAAGUCGGAUUCGCCAGCUGCUUUCUAUACGGCCGUGAAUGGACUUUUUUCUCGUUUGAAGCGACACUGUUCGCAGUGCUGUACCUUUCGCUAGGAUCGCUAUCGCUCGCUGCUGCUACCGUAUUCUGCUUUACGCACGGCCUCAUCGGAAUCACAUCAUUGCUAUGUAAAAAUCAUCUUGUGAAGAGCAGCCUUGUGGAUCAUCGGUUUUUGAUUUGA